ACAAAUAAAUUAAUCAAUUUAAGACUAGAUUUUGACCAUAAAGGACUAUCAUUCUUUCAAAGAUAAAGGGAGCAAACGUUUAAAAAAGACAAAGGAUGAAGUAAAUCCUAAAUGUAGCAAUAGCAACUUUAUAGGACAAUUCUUUAGCAACUUUAUACAUACCACCUUAUUCUCCCCCCUUUUUUUCCUUGUCUAUCUAUUUCCCCAUUACCUCGUCUUCUGUCUCCUCCUUUCCCCUCACUCACACUCUCUCUCUCUACUUUCUCCCUCUAAAACCCAAUGACUUCGACCCCAAACACUCGAACCGAAACACACUACCGCGGCGUCCGCAAGCGGCCCUGGGGCCGCUACGCGGCCGAAAUACGCGACCCAUGGAAAAAAACCCGGGUUUGGUUAGGCACAUUUGACACACCCGAAGAAGCCGCCCUCGCUUACGACGGCGCUGCCCGCGCUCUCCGUGGCAUCAAAGCUAAAACCAACUUCCCUCUUCUCUCUCCGCCUCUACCAUCGCCGCCUCCGCCGCCGCCACCACCGCCGUCUUCUUCCGUCUCUCUCGACCUCAAUCUCCGGCCCAAUACCACCUCUUGGGCCGGUGUAAAUGUUUCGGCCCACCAAGGGGGGUUCGUUGAGUAUUUGAGAACUGGGUCCGGUCCAUCUGUGAGAGGGUCCGGUAAUGUUGGGCCUAGAGUUGAUGGGCUGGGGUUGGAUUUGGGUUUGAGAAGUGGGCCUGGGCCUGUGCGUGGGCGUGGGCUUGGUGUUGACUUGAAUGAGCCUCCUCCUCUUUGGCUAUGAAUAAUAUUGGGUUUAAUUAAUAAUCUAACUAUGUAGUAUUAGUAUUAUUAGUGGUAAUUAUGCGAUUAAGGUAGUUGAUUGAGAUGUUUAGGCUCUCUCCAUUUUUGUACUACUACUAGUCAAUCUGAUAUUCUAGAUUUCUAGAGUAGUAUAAGUAUAAAUUUUUGUUUAACCUAUGCUAUUUUGGGAAAGAGUUUUAGAGCUUAAAGAGAAUGAGAGUGGAAGUAAAAAAAAAAAAUAUUAUGAUUGUAGUAUUAAUUAGUUGUAAUAUAAUUAAUAAUUCAGUUUCCAAACAGUACUAUGUUUAAUUUGUACAAUAAUUAAUUGUUUGAGUCAUGUUAUAUUUUGUCAAAAGCCAAAAAGCAUUUGUCUAUAUUGAUCCGCAUAAUUACUUUUAUUCAAUUAUUGUCUCUUUCAGGUUCGAUAUCCUUAGCUAGAUUAAUACUCCCUCCGUUUUUUUUUUUUUUUUAUAAGUUGUAACAUUAUUUAUAAUUCCUACUCACGUAGAAAGGGCUCAUUAAUUACACCCAACUGAUUGCUGACCUCAA